UUAUAAUUCUUUGUGCCUAAUCAGCUUUGUUUUGUGCAUGCAAGCAUGAACUUCAACUUGGAGGAAGUUUUGAGGUAACUACCUAAGCCUAAGCCAGAGAGCGAUGAGGGCUUGACUCGAACACCCCCAAAACAGAGAAAAGUUGCUAGCAAUGGAAAAGAAAAGAGCACUAAUAGGAGAUCUUCAUAGCCAUUAGAUGAGCCCAUGGAAGUCAUCCCAUUGUUUGAAGUUGGAGAAGAUGGCUCUAGUUGUGAUGAGAUUAAGCUUGAAAGCGAAAGUUCUCCUCUUCCGGAUCUUAUGUUUCCUCUAACUAGGAGUGAGAUGGAAGUUGAUAUGGUCAUUGUUUUCACUAUGCCUGAUUAUGCUAGAACUUUGGCUAGGUGCAAAGUGGAUGAUGUUGAGCUGGUCCUUAUGGUCCACAAUAGAAGGGUUUUGACCAUGCAAGCUUCAUUUAUCUGGGCAAAGUCACUUUCUAACGAUAGAGUUGAAGGUUCUCGAAGAGGACAAGAACAAGGAAGUAAGCAACUUCAAGAAGAAAAAUUCAGCCUUGGAGAAGUCUCUCAAUGCUUAGGAAGCUUGUAAUAAAGAGAUGGAGUUUAUAAUCAAUGAGCAAAAGUCUAG